AUGAAUCACCCACAGGAAGAUGUUAUCUGGAUAUCAUCAGACCAUUUAAAUGUCUGUCGUUUUAAGGACCGGGAAUGUAGCGGCUACUUGGAACUUAUCUCAAGGCUUCAGAAAUUGGCUUUCGCACCUCCCCCGGAGGUGAGAACAUCUGGCUAUAAGCCCGCAGGCAAGAAAGACGGCGCCUCCCAAGCUUCACCCGUCUACAACAAACGCUCAACUACAAAUUGGGCCCGUGCAAAAUCACUAUUGCCCACCCUGCUGCUUCUGCUGCUAUUACUGCUGCUAUCAGUACUAUUAAUACGCUCUUAA